AUGGACCUCGUCCUUCAACAAAUCAAUGACCGCGGUGCCAAGGCAGUUGCAUCCUUGGUGCAGAAGACCGACCUCCCUUUCAUUAUUGCGGUCAUGGCUUACUCGCUUCCUUCGAAGUUCAAACUUCGAACGUUUGAACCAUUCGACAGCACGGGCGACCCGCUCGAUCAUCUGGAAACUUACAAGGCAUUCAUGUUGCUCCAUGGGAUUCUGGACCAGAUCAUGUGUCGGGCCUUCCCUACUACUUUGAAAGGCUCUGCAAGGGUUUGGUUUGGAAAGCUGGCAAGUGGCUCAAUCAAGACCUUCUCGAGGCUGAGCCAACUGUUUGUUGAGCAUUUCUACAACGGCCGUCGUCAACACCGCCCAACGACCUACCUGCUGAGCGUCAAGCAGAAAGAGGACGAGACCAUGCGAGCUUACCUCAAGCGCUUCAACAACGAAGCUUUGCUCGUGGAUGAGGCAGAUGAUAAAGUGGUUCUCCUGACUUUUAUUGGUGGUCUUCAGUCGACCAAGUUCGUCUACUCGCUCUCGGAGAAGCCACCUGGUACAGUGGCAGAGCUGAUGCACAAGGCUCAAAAGCACAUCAACGCUGAAGAGGCGAUGGCAGCUCGCGGCAAAGAAACCUUGCGCUCAAGUAAAAAGAGGGCGGAAGCAGACCCGCCAAAGCCACCCAGGGAUAGUAAAAGUGACAAAAAACUACGGAGUGGUGACCGACUGCGCUUUCGGGAGCGGUUCGAGCGAUUCACGCCGCUCAACACCAUGCCCGAACGCAUGUUGGUCCAUCUCAUCAACGGCCCAGAAUUGCAGUGGCCUCGAGUAAUGAAGCUGGGGGUUUUAAAGGACCAAAGCAAGUAUUGCCAUUUCCAUCGGGAUCACGUCCAUGAGACUUCAGACUGUAUCAAACUCAAAAAGUAG